GGAACAUCGCGUCUCGGCUCAGGGGCGAUUAGUCGCAAAAAAGACUCUUUGUCCGAGUGCCCCUUACGUCACACCCUGCACACGUGGCUGCACGUGGCAUCUCUGCCUCUUACUGCAGUACUUCUUGAGGGGCUCAGGCUCAGCGCGAGUCCAGCUGGGGGUGCACGAAGAGAUGGGGGGCAUCUUGGUGGGAAAAUAGUUUGGUAGCACUCGGAGGCCCCCCCGUGGGGUUCGGGCCACUGCCGCUCCGCUGCCGACGGCCUUCAGUCAACGGUCCUCGACGGCUUCCUGUGGCACUCGCGAUGGGGCCAGCGAGAUGGAUCACAUCGCCCAUCCGCUUCCUCAAACACUUUCACAUGAGAAUACUCUUUCCCCAAAGACUCCGUAGAGGCAGAAAUGCAGAGAACGGAAUUCGGAUUUGUUCGGGGGUCGGGUGAAACAUCCCGGCCAUACUCGAGUAACCGGGUCGCUCACCUUUACACACCAUGCCCCAGCCACCUUUCGAGAUUCAGAAAUACCUGUCUAAAGCCCUCCCGACGUUGAGGGAGCAGUAUCCUCCAGGGACGGGAGGGACUGGUCCUCGCGCAGAGUGGGAUGGACCUCUAAAGGGAAUCGAGGUGAUUGACGAAUUUAACCAGAAAGUCUUGGACUACUGGAAGACCAUCCCCCAAGAGCCUGUCCAGCCUCAUCCCAACUUCAAAUACCCCAAGAUUGCUCAGGUCAUCAGUAGCUUCCCAGACCGUCUAAAGUCGCCUAGAGAUCUUCAGAGCACCCUUGCCGCUCUUCCACUCGCUGCCAACUCGGCCAUCCUCACUGCCCUCGAUGCCGACCCGGAAGACUUGAAGGCGGGUGCCAAAGCCCUCGAUGCCGCCGGCUAUGAAAGCGAUGGCGGUGAAGAGCCCGAGGUGCUUCCGCAGAAGGAUGUCAAGACGAAGGGAUGGGUCUACAAGUUUAACAAGUCGCCCUUGGGCUCAGGAGAGUUCCUUCUAACGAGGGAAGGCUCCGAUAAAGUCUACCUCGUGGUCCGAACCAUCAACUCGUCCGCCUUUACUCCCCACGACUGGGACGAAUACAUUGCCACCGGCCCAUACCACUACGAAACCAAAUCCAAAGCCUCCUGGUACUGGUCCCGCUCCUACGGCGCCACCAAGCGUCUCGGCUGUCAGUACUAUGUCUUGACGGACUGGCAGCGCUGGACGUUUGGGUAUUUCAACAAGGAUGGGACGCGGGGGUGGACGAGUCCGGUACUGCAUUAUAAUGAGCAGGAUCCUACUAUCGGACAUGCGCUGUUCUACUGGGCGAGGUCGGCGAUCGGCAAGGAGAAUGGGUUUGCGAAUCCCAAGGAGAAGGAUCUCUCGGGCGCACCGGAGCUGUUCCCUGCCAACCCCUCGAGAAGGAUCUCGCAAUCUGGGGACAGGAGGCCCAAGCCUCCUGCUGGUUCCAGGACCGUCAAAAAGGCCAAUGAAAGUGAUAUUGAAGAGAGUGAUGCCGAGGGCGAUGCUUGAAGCAUAAAAGAUGUAUGAAGAAGACAUGUGAAAAAAGACCGAGUAUUGUAUCGUUUGCAAUUUAUGAAUA